GAUGAGGGAGACAGAAAAUAAAAUAAAAUAAUUGGAUGUGGUAGCUGAAAAUAAGGAGAGUGCAGAGGAGAGAAGAGGAGAAAGAAGAGGCUGGUCAGUCUCCUCUCCUGUUCCUGUGAACCCUCAUUUUCAGGCAUAAGCUUAUCUUUUGUUUGACCAAAUCCACCUCCAUCCUCUCCUCACUCCUCACUUCCCUCCAUUUUUGGAAAGCAAACCACAAUAGCUAAAUAUUAAUAUAUUCAUAUUCACCUACUCUUACUUGCUCAGGGAUUUUUGAAAGAUGGCCAAAGAGAACAGUGGAUCGACGAAGCCUAAUCAACUGGAAUCAAAGAGAAAGCGGCUGAGUUGGAUACUUGGCGUCAGUGGGCUCUGCGUAUUUUUCUAUGUUCUUGGAGCUUGGCAGACAACUACAACUCCUCGCGCCUCUCAAUCAGAUGUGUACACUAAAGUCAAUUGUAACAAUAAUGUGGUCGAUUCUAAUAACUCCUUAGUAAGUCCAUUGCCAUCAACCACUUCAUCAGCUGUUUUGGAUUUUGAUAGUCAUCAUCAAAUUGAAAUGAAUAGUUCAGAUUCAGUGCUUGAAUUUCCAGCUUGUGAGAUGAACUUUAGUGAUUAUACUCCCUGCCAAUAUCCACCGAGAGGGAGGGCAUUUGAUAGAAACAUGAUGAAAUACAGGGAGCGUCAUUGCCCAAAAGCUGAUGAGCUUCUUCACUGCUUAAUCCCUGCUCCCCCUAAGUAUAAAUCCCCUUUUAAAUGGCCACUGAGUCGUGACCAUGCCUGGUAUGACAAUAUCCCCCAUAAAGAGCUCAGUAUAGAGAAGGCUGUUCAGAAUUGGAUUCAAUUAGAAGGUGACCGCUUCAAAUUCCCUGGAGGCGGCACCAUGUUCACCCAUGGAGCCGAUAAAUACAUCGAUGACAUUGCCAAGCUUAUUCCUCUUAAAGGUGGAGCUAUUAGAACUGCCAUUGAUACUGGCUGUGGUGUUGCAAGUUGGGGUGCAUAUCUUUUGAAGAGGGACAUUUUAGCAAUGUCUUUUGCACCCAGGGAUACACAUGAAGCACAAGUUCAAUUUGCACUUGAAAGAGGAGUCCCUGCUAUGAUUGGUAUUAUGGGUUCUCAGAGGCUUCCUUAUCCUGCUAGGGCUUUUGAUAUGGCUCACUGUUCCCGCUGCUUGAUACCUUGGCAUAAAUAUGAUGUUUUAUAUCUACUUGAAGUAGACAGAAUUUUAAGACCUGGGGGUUACUGGAUUCUUUCGGGUCCUCCUAUUCGAUGGAAGAGAUACUGGAAAGGUUGGGAAAGAACUCAAGAAGAUUUGAAUGCAGAACAAACUGCUAUUGAGACUAAUGCCAAGAAGCUCUGCUGGAAGAAAGUGAUUGAAAAGGAUGAUCUAGCAAUUUGGCAGAAACCUAUCAACCACGUUGAGUGUAUUGAAAGUAGGAAGGUCUAUAAAACACCACAUAUAUGCAAGUCAGACAAUCCAGACACUGCUUGGUACAGAGAUUUGGAAAGCUGCAUAACACCUUUGCCAGAAGUUAGCAACACGGAUGAAGUUGCUGGUGGUUCAUUGGAGAAAUGGCCGGAUCGAGCAUUUGCUAUUCCUCCUAGAAUCAGAAGAGGGACAAUACCAGGCAUCGAUGAAGAAAAGUUCCGAGCUGAUAAUGAACUAUGGAAGGGAAGGUUGAGACAUUAUAAAGGUAUAUAUGAUUUAUUGCCAAAAGGAAGAUAUCGAAAUGUAAUGGACAUGAACGCAUACCUUGGAGGAUUUGCUGCAGCUCUGUUAAAGUAUCCAGUGUGGGUGAUGAAUGUGGUUCCUGUCAAUUCAAAUCAAGAUACCCUAGGCAUUAUAUAUGAACGGGGUCUCAUUGGUACAUAUCAAGAUUGGUGUGAAGCUUUUUCAACAUAUCCAAGAACAUAUGAUCUCAUCCAUGCCAGUGGUGUGUUCAGUAUAUAUCAGGACAGGUGUGACAUUACCAACAUUCUGUUGGAGAUGGAUAGAAUUCUGAGGCCAGAAGGAACAGUUAUUUUUAGGGAUUCAGUAGAGUUGCUUGUGAAGAUCAAGCAGAUAACGGAUCGAAUGCGAUGGAAGAGCCAAAUAAUUGACCAUGAAAAUGGACCCUUUAAUCCAGAGAAAAUUCUUUUUGUUGUCAAAACUUAUUGGACUGGUUAAGCUACACAAAAUCAACACUAUCACAGAGUUGUAUGUCGUUUUAUUCGUUUAUGGCCUCAAUGCACCUAGCUUUCUUUUAUAUUUGUUUCAAAAUGUGAACUAGGUAGGUUUGCUCAUCUUUGCAACAUCAAUAUCUGUAUCUCUUGGUCACAUUUUUUGGAGUAGGACUGGACUAGGGGAAUGGGAAAUAUGCUCUUCUAUUCCUUAAUAUUUUAAAGAGAGAAUGAAGUUGCUAAUUAGAUGGGUGGUUGCUAGCAAGAAAUGUGGAGCUAUCUUUCUAUUUGCACUCGCUACCUAGAAGCAGCCUGUAUUGUUUUUUCGGUUGUUGGUUGUUGAUGAUGAAAUAUUGUGAGCUUGUAACUGCAAUGUAAAAUACAGCACAGCCAUUGAUUUAAAUUUUGAGUUGGGAAAUCCUUGCACCUGAUUAUUUCUUAAA